UGAAAUCCAAAAUUAAAAUCCACCACACGCGAGCACAAGGAAAACAUUCCAAAUAUGUACUGCGAAACGAUAAACACGAAUCAGCUGUCAAAAGCAGCUGUCAAAACAAAGUUGCAUUCGAUAUUUCAAAAUCCGUGUGGCGUAAGCGUUCUUUGGUGCCGAAAGCAGCAAAUUCACGUAGCAAAUGGCAUCGAAAAUCGUGGCAACAGCCACAGUGCGUGCGGUAAAGCAUCGGAAGCUGCUUCCGAUGAGAGCUGCACUAUCGCUGACGCCGGCAGCAGUGAACAGGAUAAAGCAAUUGUUAGAAGGCAAAAAUGAAUUUAUUGGUUUGAAGGUUGGUGUCCGGCAACGGGGAUGCAACGGAUUGUCCUACACGCUGGACUACGCAACAACGAAAGAUAAAAUGGACGAGGAGGUCAUACAGGACGGAGUGAAAGUGCUUAUCGACAAGAAGGCACAAUUAUCUCUUUUAGGCACAGAAAUGGAUUACGUUGAAUCGGAACUCUCCUCGGAAUUUGUAUUUAACAAUCCCAACAUUAAAGGCACGUGCGGGUGUGGUGAAUCUUUCAGCAUGUAAAUGUACGACCGCACGGUACAAAAGCUAGACAUCGUUCUUCUGUAGGGCGUUGCUUCGCUCUAUGCGCCUUUCACCGUUGGGGCUUGUUAUUUUAGGUUUUGUAAAAUCUAGCACGAGAAAGCACAGUUUGUGUCCUUGUACAUAACAUACAUUAGCUUAGUAGCGUUAUUUUGAGUUUAAUAAAUUAGCUGUGUUGACAACUUA